AUGGCAUCUUCCUCGACUCCCAACACGCCGCAGGCCAUACCCGCCGAGAUGGAAAAUUUCGUGGUCGGCCUGAUUGGCAUGGGAGACAUGGGGAAGAUGUACGCGCAGAGGCUUUCUGCCGCUGGAUGGAAGAUCAUGGCGUGUGACCAGGAGGAAAAGUACGAGAGCCUGAAAGAAGAGUUCUCCGGAAACAACAAUAUACAAAUUUGCCGAAAUGGACACUACGUCUCCCGAGCCAGCGACUACAUCAUCUACAGCGUUGAAGCCGCCGCCAUUGACCGCGUGAUCUCCCAGUACGGACCAUCAACAAAACUCGGCGCCAUCGUCGGCGGCCAGACAUCAUGCAAAGACCCCGAGAUCAAGGCCUUUGAGCGCCACCUCCCCUCCGACGUCGACAUCGUCUCCUGCCACUCCCUCCACGGCCCCAACGUCGACCCGCGCAACCAGCCCCUCGUCAUCAUCGCCCACCGCGCCUCCCCGCUCUCCGUCCAGAAGGUCGAGACCGUCCUCUCCGUCCUCGGCUCCAAGCACGUCUACCUCUCCGCCCACGAGCACGACCGCAUCACCGCCGACACCCAGGCCGUCACCCACGCCGCCUUCCUCUCCAUGGGCAAGGCCUGGCACGCAAACGCCCAGUUCCCCUGGGAAAUGUCCCGCUACGUCGGCGGCGUCGAGAACGUAAAGAUCAACAUCAUGCUGCGCAUCUACUCCCAAAAGUGGCACGUCUACGCCGGCCUCGCCAUCCUCAACCCGGAAGCCCGCAAGCAGAUAUCCCAGUUCGCCCGCUCCGUCACCGACCUCUACAAGCUCAUGCUCGAGGGCAACGCCCCCGCCCUGCGCGCCCGCGUCCUCGCCGCAAAGCAGAAGGUCUUCGGCCACGACGGCAGCCCCAAGUGGGCCGACCGGCCCCUCCUCAACCCGGACCUGCUCGAGCGCUUCUCCCUUGGUCGCAAGGAGGACCAGACCGAGCCCCCGCGCGCCAACAACCACCUUUCGCUGCUCGCCAUGGUCGAUUGCUGGGCCGAGCUGGGCAUCGUCCCGUACGACCACAUGAUUUGCUCGACGCCCCUGUUCCGCCUGUGGCUCGGCGUCGCGGAGUACCUGUUUCGCAGUUCUGAGAUGCUCGACGAUGCGUUGAGGACGGCGAUUGAGGAUCACACGUACCGCAGCGACGACUUGGAGUUUACGUUUGGUGCGAGGGGUUGGGCGGAGUGUGUCUCCCAGGGACACUUCGAGACGUGGAAGAAUCGAUUCGAGACGACCCAGCAGUUCUUCCAGCCAAGAUUUAAGGAUGCUGUUGCUGUUGGUAACGCCAUGAUGAAGGCCGUGUUAGAAAGCACGAAGGACUGA